AUGAUAUCUCAGGCUUUUAUCUUGGCUGCCUUAACAGUUGCUGCUUUUGCCAGCUUACAUCAUGAGCCUAUCCAUCAUUUUCAACCUUUCAAGUUCGGCUACAGCGUGAAGGACAAGCACGGUGAACAGCAUCGUGAAGAAGUCGGCGACGGCAAGAACGUGAAGGGAAGCUACGGAUUCACCGAUGCCAGAGGAAUCAAGCGACAGGUCAACUACGUUGCUGACCACGGAGGUUUCAGAGCUGAGGUCAAGACCAACGAACCAGGAACCACCAACCAGAAUCCAGCAGCCGUUCACAUCAUCUCCGAUGCUCCCUACGGACACGGUGGAUAUGCCGGUCUCGGAUACGCCGGAGUUGGAGGUGCAGGAUAUGGAUAUGCCGGUCUUGGAGCAGCUGGAUUGGGCUACGGAUAUGGUGGCCUUGGACAGGCUGGCUUAGGAUAUGGAUAUGGUGGUCUUGGCUAUGGAGGAUAUGGUCUUGGCAACGGACGCCUUGCAGGUUUAGGAUAUGCUCGUUACGGAUUUUAA